AUGGCUGAUAUUUUGCCCCGGCAGACUGUUCAUCUUCCUCCAAACACCGCGCCCGGCUUCGAAACCUCUCCCUAUAUCAAGGUUAUCAAAUUCCUGCCGACGAUGGCCUCGGAGAAGAUGAACCAGCAUGUCGAAAUGCUCGGUACAUCUCUUUCUAAGCUCUACGAAACCGGCACAUACUCAGACCUCAUUAUCACAUGCGGAAAUGACACAUACCAAGUCCACAAAGCCAUUGUGUGCCCUCGGUCGUCUUUCUUCACCGCGGCUUGCAGUGGAAAGUUCAAAGAGGGUCAGGAGGGCAAAAUCAACCUGCCGGACGACGAUCCCGACGCAGUUCGAGAGAUGAUCCAUUAUCUGUACCAUCUAGACCUUGCGGGCCACGAGUUCAUUCCGGCGGACGGAAAUUUUCUUGAAGAAGAGCUAUCGACAACUGAACAUGACGAUGCACUGAAACAAUUCCUGCAAUCUCAGGGCCACAGGUUCGUCGGAAACAGGAGAGUCAAGGGCAUGGUUCCCAAGCUCGCAGCCCGCAUAGGGCCUUCUUCAAACCUCUGUCUAUUCGCCAAGGUCUAUGCCUUGGGGGAGAAGUAUGGAAUUCCGGGAUUGAAGGCGAUCGCGCUUGGCAAGUUUGAGAUACUCGCCAAAGGACAUUUUCAGACUGAUGGCUUUCGAUUGGCAGUGCAGGAAGUGUAUGCCUCAACAAUUGAUCACGAUCGAGGUCUCAGGGAUGUGGUUGUUUGUACAGUUGAGGAAAACAUUGGCUUGCUCAACGAUGAGGCUUUUGAAGCUGUUGUCAAGUACAGUGAUCUUGGCCAUGAUCUUCUGAUGAAGAUUACGUCGAUGCGCCGGGCGGGGUAG